GCCCAGCCUGACUCCUCCCACACACAUGAGCGGUCACAUGGCCAUGACAUCAUCACAGGUCCUUCAGCCUCCAGGAUGUAACAUCUUGCUCCUGGUUAUUGUGGGACUUGUAGUUCUUUAUACACCUGUACACAAUGCACACAGGGGCUUUAUAGAGGGGACAGGACGCCCCCCGAAUAUAUCCUGAAGAGAAGGAAAACUCCAGCGCCGUAUAUAUAGGAUCUAUAGAGGAAUGUCACCGACCACCGAGAGGAUCCUAGAGCUCAGCCUGGAGAUCAUCUACCUGCUGACCGGAGAGGAUUACACAGUAGUGAAGAAGACAUCUGGAGAGUGUGUGGCCCCCAGCAGGUCAGGAGGAUGGAGCAGGGCCCGGGGCCCCAUCACGGAGCCUCCACCUCCCUCACUGAUACCUGAGAGGAACAAUGAGCAGAAGAUCCUAGAACUCACCCACAAGAUGAUGGAGCUGCUGACUGGAGAGGUUCCUAUAAGGUGUCAGGAUGUCACUGUCUAUUUCUCCAUGGAGGAGUGGGAGUAUAUAGAAGGACACAAGGAUCUGUACCAGGACAUAGUCAUGAUGGAGGACCACCGGCCCCGAACAUCACCACCGGAUGGAUCCAGGAAGAGGAACCCAUCAGAGAGAUGUCCUGCUCCUCUGGAUUCCCAGGACUGUGCAGGGGGAGAGGAUAAUGUCCUACAGGAUGAUCAGGAUGAAAAUCUCCCAGACUUUAAAAUUGAAGUUAUUGAGGAGGAGGAAGAAGAAGAAAUGGAUGUGAGGAGGGAUCGGGCGUGUAAGGAAGAGGACAUUCCUACUGAUAUUAGUCCAGGUCUGGACCCUCUGGUCUUUGCCCCUCAUGGUCUCCAAUCCAACCCCUCACCCAAUGAGAACCGGGAUCGGCACAACCUCAUCACUUCGCUCUAUGCUGCUUAUCUCACAUAUGAUGGUCACAGCAAAGACUUGGCACAUUGCCUCUUUCCAACCACAGACCUUGAAGGAGACCAGAAUAAUAUCCCAUGUGCAUAUCCUGGAGAAAAUAAAUUCCUGUGUUCAGGAUGUGGGAAGUUAUUUCAACCUGAAUUAAAGCAGAACACUCCCAUAGAGGAGAUCCAGCUUCAAUGUUCAGAAUGUAGCAAAUGUUCUAACAAGAAGAAAGGUCCUUCUGAAGGUCAUCAGACCCACACAGGAGAAAAGUCAUUUUCAUGUUUGGUGUGUGGGAAAUGUUUUGUCAAGAAAUCAACUCUAGUACAACAUGAGAGAAUCCACACAGGGGAGAAGUUGGUUUCAUGUUCAGAAUGUGGGAAAUGUUUCACCAAUAAUUCAAGUCUAAAUGAGCAUGAAAAAAUUCAUAGAGGAGAGAAACCAUUUUCAUGUUCAGAAUGUGGGAGAUGUUUUAUCCAUAAAUCAAAGCUGCUACUGCAUCAGAGAACCCACACAGGAGAUAAGCCAUUUUUAUGUUCUCAAUGUGGAAAAUGUUUUAUCAACAAAAGUGGUCUAGUUGAGCAUCAUAAGAUUCACACGGGGGAAAAGCCAUUUUCAUGUUCAGAAUGUGGGAAAUCUUUUACCCACAAAGCUUAUCUUGUCAGACAUCAGAGAAGUCACACGGGGGAUAGGCCGUUAAUAUGUUUGGAAUGUGGGAAAUAUUUUACUCAAAGGUCAGAACUUAUUAUUCAUCAAAGAAUCCACACAGGGGAGAAACCAUUUACAUGCUCUGAAUGUGGAAAAUGUUUUAGCAUAAAAUCACGUCUUGUAUCACAUCAGCGAAUCCACACAGGAGAGAAGCCAUUUUCAUGUGCUGAGUGUGGAAAAUCUUUUACUGAUAAAUCAAAUCUUGCAAAUCAUAAUAGAAGCCACACAGGGGAGAGGCCAUUUUCAUGUUUGGAAUGUGGGAAAUGUUUUUUCCGGAAAUCAGAUCUUACUGUUCAUCAGAGAAUCCACACAGGGGAGAAACCAUUUUCAUGUACAGAAUGUGGGAAAUGUUUUAUCAUAAAAUCACAUCUUGUUACACAUCAGAGAAUCCACACAGGAGAGAAGCCAUUUUCAUGUACAAAAUGUGGGAAAUGUUUUACUCACCAAUCAGGUCUUAUUAUCCAUCAAAAGGUUCACACAAAAAAGAAGCCACUGGAAAAGCUGUUUUCAUGUUCUGAAUGUGGAAAAUGUUUCACAAGGAAUUCAAGUUUAAUUGAACAUGAGAAAAUUCACAAAGGGGAAAAACUGUUUUCAUGUUCCGAAUGUGGGAAAUUUUUUACCAAGAAAUCAAAUCUAGUUCCACAUCAGAGAAUCCACACAGGAGAGAAGCCGUAUUCAUGUUCAGAAUGUGGAAAAUCUUUUACACAGAAAUAUGGUCUAAUUGAGCAUCAAAAGACUCACACAGGGGAGAAACCGUUUUCAUGUCCUGAAUGUGGAAAGUCUUUUACUCAGAAAUCAUAUCUUGUGAAACAUCAUAGAAGUCACACAGGGGAGAGGCCUUUUUCAUGCUUGGAAUGUGGGAAAUGUUUUACUCAGAAAUCAGAUCUUAUUAAUCAUCAGAGAAUUCACACAGGGGAGAAACCAUUUUUAUGUUUGGAAUGUGGGAAAGAAUUUAUUUUAAAAGGUGGUCUUGUGAAACAUCAGAGAAUCCACUCAGGAGUAAAGCCGUAUUCUUGUACAGAAUGUGGAAAAUCUUAUGCUCAGAGGUCAGGCCUUUUUGAACAUCAAAAACUUCACACAGGAAAGAGGCCGUUUUCAUGCUCAGAAUGUGGGAGAUGUUUUACUCGGAAAUCAUUUCUCGUUAAACAUCAAAGAAUACACACGGGGGAGAAGCCCUUCACAUGUGCCGAAUGUGGAAAAUGUUAUGCCCAGCAGUCGGGUCUAUUUGAACAUCAAAAACUUCACACAGGAAAGAAGCCGUAUUCAUGUUCAGAAUGUGGGAGAUGUUUUACCCGAAAAUCAUUUCUUGUAAAACAUCAGAGAAUUCAUACGGGGGAGAAACCAUUUCCCUGUUUGAUAUGUGGAAAAAGUUUUACCCAGAAAUCUGUUCUUGUUAGACAUCAAAGAAUUCAUCAGCAGAUGAAAGGUUGUUUCGAGGUCUUACAUAAUAGCUUCUCCAGUCCUUGAAUUCUUCAGUAUGGGAGGAGCCUACGAAAGUGAUCCAAGCGGCCUGAGGAAGGUGUUUGUUCUGUAACAGGAAGAGCGUCUCUUUAUGAUUUACCUAUGUUUCCACUGGACCAGUGAAGGGUGCACCCCCAAAUAUUUAGUGGACUUUAUCCUGUGCUGUUAUUAUUUAUUACUUGCAGUAUUGGAGGAGCUUACUGGGGUUUAACUGUGUUUUUAGUGAAGAAAAAAAAGACACUAAAACAAGUAAAAAACAAAGUCACAUCUAUUUAUUUGUAUAGAAUACAGAAAUAACUACUGCAAAGUAAGGAACAGCGAGAAACCAUUUGUGAUAACUCAGAUCGGAGAAGUGAUGUCUGCGCUACUAAUAUCAACGUGUCGGAUCAAACAAUAAUUCAAAGAGACAGUAGACAAAACGGUAACGGCUGCGACAGUGAGGAAGAUCUA